GUCCCGGUCGAGGAAGCCACCAGGGGCUGAGGAAGAGCCACGGGGAUUCUGGGAAGCGAGUGGAGGGGCCCCGGCCCGCCGUCCUCCUAUAUAAGCCCCGGGUCCCCUGCCUCAGCCUCGUGCCUCAGCCUCCCUCACUCCUGGAGCUCAGAAAUACGUCCACAGCUGCAGCCAUGAAGUGCCUCUUGCUUGCCCUGAGCGUGGCCCUCGUGUGUGGCACCCAGGCCAAGUUUAUCCCCCGGACCACCCCGGAGGACCUAGACGUCCAGAAGGUGGCUGGGACGUGGUACUCCGUGGCCAUGGCGGCCAGCGACAUCUCCCUGCUGAACACUCAGAGCGCCCCUCUGAGAGUGUACGUCAAGGAGCUGAGACUCAUCCCCAAGGACAGCCUGGAGAUUGUCCUGAACAGAUGGGAGGAUGGCAGCUGUGUCGACAGGAAGAUCUUGGCAGAGAAAACUGAGGUUCCGGCCGAGUUCAAGAUCAACUACCCGGAGGGGAGCAAACUCCACGUGCUGGACACUGACUACAAGAACUACAUGUUCGUGUGCGUGGAGAACGCCGUUGCCCCAGGGCAGGGCCUGGUCUGCCAGUACCUGGCCAGGACCCCGAAGGUUGACGAGGGGGUCAUGGAGCAGUUCAGAGCAGCCCUGAAUCUUCAGCCUAUGAACAUCUGGCUCCGCUUCACCCCAACCCAGGCGAAAGAGAGGUGCCUCGUUUAGGUGAGCUCCAGCCGACAGCCUCCUGGGUAACGUGCCGGACCUGCCCUCAUGUCCUGAGCACAGGUGUGGGGGUCUCAGUGGGGCCCCCAACUCCCUUCCAUCAGGCCCUGCUCCCCCUUGGGGUGCUGCUGGACGUUGCUCCUCCUGGGACCCAGGCACCUCUGUUCCAGCUUGGGAUGUGCUGCUCUGAGCUGUUCCCCUUCAGCAAUAAAGAAAUGCACCAGUGA